AUGCUCUCCUUAUGUUACAAAAAAUCAAUCGCCAUGGCAGCGACACCAGCGUGUAGCCGUAUCCUUUCCGGUGGCCUCCGCUGGCAAUCAACAUCUGUCCAGGGGAAAUCGGUAAACGCAACGAACGGAAUGCCCCCAGUGCAAGGUCAACUCAGUUGGACCGAUUUCUUCCAACUGAGGAAAACGCAGAGGACUGUUAACGUCGGGUCGUCCAUUUUCACCGCAUUGCUAGGGUGCAACGUAUCGUGGAUGUUUCUGUCAAACAUGGAGAUCGACCCGACUCAAAUGAUCAUGGGGUUCGACCCACUGGUGGUCAUUUCUGCAGGGCUCGUUGCUUCAGGGUGCCUCGGGUACCUGUUCGGACCUCUCUUUGGAACACAGCUCUUCAAACUCUCGCACAGGAAGUACAUAACCGAGUUCAACGACAAGAACAAGGACUUUUUGAAACACGUCAUUGAUAAUAGGGUGGACGCCUCCUCGCAAAGUUUCAGCAACCCGGUCCCGGACUACUACGGCGAGAAAAUAGGUUCCGUCAAGGAAUACAGACAGUGGCUGAGAGACUGUCACGCCUACGCGAGAAAGGCCAAGGAAUUUUUGUAA